GUGUUUUCAGUGUCUGAGAGCUGCUGCUGCUGCACACCGCAGGACAAACCACUCUUUCUCUGCCUCCCUCCACCUCCUUUCUCCGUCUGCUCCACCUUUUCAUCGAGCAGGGUCUGAGCGUGCGUUUGAACGGAGGAUGGGUGGAACUGAGGGGAAGGCAUGAUCCCCGGAGACUCUGACAGAUGGAUGAAUGGAGGGAAAACAGAAGCAUGAUGCCGCCGCGCGUCUGCUGAGCCAGCGAUUGUUGGCUCCACGCUAGUGAAACGGAGACUCUGCAGUUCUUCUGUCCUCCUCUCAGCUCGACUGAGGAGCAGGGAGCGUUCCCCUCGGUGUCGGAGCUAAAACUGGGAUCACUUCUUUAAACUCACUUUACGUUCUUGUGCUAAGGACUCUUAAGGAGUCGGUGGUCACCUGGAAGCUGCUCCUGCUGCAGAGAAGUUGAGGCUCUGAAGUUUGUCGCCGUGGAGCUCGAGCUCAUCCUGGGGGGAGAUAACCUCUGCGGGCUUGUGUGACUCACUUAUAAACUUUCUGCUCCAUGUGGACGAGCUCCAUCUAAGUCUUCUGUGGAGUUUAAUCAUGGAGCUUCAGAGCGCCACGGCCGGCCUCCCCGGCCCCCUCGCGCCUGGACCCCUCUCCCCAACUUCAGACUACGGCGGCCCCCUGUCCCCGGGGUCCGGAUGCCCCGGCCCGUCUCACGUCGCCAGUCCCGGGCGAGGCCCCAGCCCCAGCCUCAGCCCCGUCAGGGGGUCCAGCCCCGGCCCCGGAUUCUCGGGCCAGGCUGCCUUCAACUACAACCAGCUGGAGGGGAGGUUCAAACAGCUUCAAGAUGAGCGUGAGGCGGUGCAGAAGAAGACCUUCACUAAGUGGGUGAACUCCCACCUGUCCAGAGUUUCCUGUCGGAUCACCGACCUCUACAUGGACCUGAGGGACGGACGCAUGCUCAUCAAGCUGCUGGAGGUCCUGUCGGGAGAGAGACUGCCGAAACCCACGAAGGGUCGUAUGAGGAUCCACUGCCUGGAAAACGUGGACAAGGCUCUGCAGUUCCUGAAGGAGCAGAGGGUUCACCUGGAGAACAUGGGCUCCCACGACAUCGUCGACGGAAACCAUCGCCUCACUUUAGGCCUGAUCUGGACCAUCAUCCUCCGCUUCCAGAUCCAGGACAUCAGCGUGGAGACGGAGGACAACAAGGAGAAGAAGUCGGCCAAAGACGCUCUGCUGCUCUGGUGUCAGAUGAAGACGGCAGGAUAUCCUAAUGUCAACAUCCACAACUUCACCACCAGCUGGAGGGACGGGAUGGCCUUCAACGCCCUCAUCCACAAACACAGACCCGACCUGAUCGACUUCGAUAAGCUGAAGAAAUCAAACGCUCACUACAAUCUGCAGAAUGCCUUCAACCUGGCCGAGCAGCACCUGGGCCUCACCAAGCUGCUGGACCCCGAGGACAUCAGUGUGGACCACCCUGAUGAGAAGUCCAUCAUCACCUACGUGGUCACCUACUACCACUACUUCUCCAAGAUGAAGGCGCUGAAGGUGGAGGGCAAGAGAAUUGGGAAGGUUCUGGACAACGCCAUCGAGACGGAGAAGAUGAUCGAGAAGUACGAGUCUCUGGCGUCUGACCUGCUGGAGUGGAUCGAACAGACCAUCAUCAUCCUCAACAACAGGAAGUUUGCCAACUCUCUGGUGGGAGUCCAGCAGCAGCUGCAGGCCUUCAACACCUACCGCACCGUGGAGAAGCCCCCAAAGUUCACAGAGAAGGGAAACCUGGAGGUCCUUCUGUUCACCAUCCAGAGCAAGAUGAGGGCGAACAACCAGAAGGUCUACACCCCCCGAGAGGGCAAACUCAUCUCCGACAUCAACAAGGCGUGGGAGCGUCUGGAGAAGGCGGAGCACGAACGGGAGCUGGCUCUGAGGACUGAGCUGAUUCGUCAGGAGAAACUGGAGCAACUCGCCCGACGCUUCGACCGCAAAGCUGCCAUGAGGGAGACGUGGCUGAGCGAGAACCAGAGGCUGGUCUCACAGGAUAACUUUGGAUUCGACCUUCAGGCCGUGGAAGCUGCUACUAAGAAACACGAAGCCAUAGAAACGGACAUCGCUGCGUACGAGGAGCGAGUUCAGGCGGUGGUUGCCGUGGCAAAGGAGCUGGAGGCGGAGAGUUACCAUGACAUCAAACGCAUCACAGCUAGGAAGGACAACGUGAUCCGGCUGUGGGAGUAUCUGCUGGAGCUGCUGAAGGCCCGCAGGCAGCGGCUGGAGAUGAACCUGGGCCUGCAGAGAGUCUUCCAGGAGAUGCUCUACAUCAUGGACUGGAUGGACGAGAUGAAGAUGCUGCUGCUGUCUCAGGAUUAUGGGAAGCACCUGCUGGGCGUGGAGGACCUGCUGCAGAAGCACGCCCUGGUGGAGGCGGACAUCAGCAUCCAGGCCGACCGAGUCCGAAACGUCAACCGCAACGCUCAGAAGUUUGCCAGCGACACCGAGGAUUACAAGCCGUGUGACCCUCAGAUCAUCAAGGACCGAGUCGCUCACCUCGAGUUCUGCUACCAGGAGCUGAACCAGCUGGCGGCUGAGCGGCGAGCGCGCCUUGAGGAGUCCCGCCGCCUGUGGAAGUUCUUCUGGGAAAUGGCUGAAGAGGAGGGGUGGAUCAGGGAGAAGGAGCAGAUCCUCUCCUCCGAGGAUUAUGGGAAGGACCUCACGGGCUCGCUGCGACUGCUGAGCCAGCACAAAGCCUUUGAAGACGAGAUGACCGGCCGCGCCGCCCACCUGCAGCAGACCAUCAAACAGGGCGAGGAGCUGGUGGCCGACAACCACUUUGGAGCCGACAAGAUAAAAGAGCGAAUCAAGGACAUCCAGGAACAGUGGGCGGCUCUGGAGCAUCUCUCCGCUGUCCGUAAGGCCCGCCUGCAGGAGGCCUGCAACCAGCACCAGUUCCAGGCUGAUGCGGACGACAUCGACACGUGGAUGCUGGACGUGCUGCGGAUCGUCUCCAGCGUCGACGUCGGCCACGACGAGUUCUCCACUCAGGCUCUGGUGAAGAAGCACAAGGACGUGGCCGAGGAGAUCGGCAGCUACCGGCCCGUCAUCGACGCUCUGCACGAGCAGUCGCGGACGCUGCCGCCCGAGAAGGCCAACUCCGAGGAGGUUCAGAGCCGGCUGGCGGGCAUCGAGGAGCGCUACAAGGAGGUGGCCGAGCUGACGCGGCUCCGGAAACAGGCGCUGCAGGACGCUCUGGCGCUCUACAAGAUGAUGAGCGAAGCCGACGCCUGCGAGGUGUGGAUUGACGAGAAGGAGCAGUGGCUCAACAGCAUGGACAUCCCCGAGAAACUGGAGGACCUGGAGGUCGUCCAGCACCGGUUCGAGAGUUUGGAGCCGGAGAUGAACAGCCAGGCGUCCCGGGUUGCCGUGGUAAACCAGGUUGCCAGGCAGCUGAUCCACAGUGGACAUCCCAGCGAGAAGGAGAUCAAAGCCCAGCAGGACAAACUCAACACCAGGUGGAGUCAGUUCAGAGAUCUGGUGGAUCAGAAGAAGGAAAGCCUGAACUCGGCUCUGGGAGUCCAGAACUACCACCUGGAGUGCAACGAGACCAAGUCCUGGAUCAAAGAGAAGACCAAGGUGAUCGAGUCGACCCAGGAGCUGGGGAACGACCUGGCCGGCGUCAUGGCUCUGCAGAGGAAGCUGACGGGGAUGGAGCGCGACCUCGUGGCCAUACAGGACAAGCUGAGCGACCUGGGAAAGGAGGCGGAGCGUUUGGGCUCCGAACACCCGGAACAGUCCGAGGCCAUCAAAGGGCGUCUGGCUGAGAUCACCGGCGUCUGGGACGAGAUGAAAGACACCCUGAAGAACCGGGAGGAGUCUCUGGGCGAAGCCAGCAAGCUGCAGCAGUUCCUGCGCGACCUUGACGACUUCCAGUCGUGGCUGUCGCGGACGCAGACGGUCAUCGCCUCUGAGGACAUGCCCAACACGCUGGCCGAGGCCGAGAAGCUGCUGGCCCAGCACGAGGGCAUCAAGAACGAGAUACGCAACUAUGAGGAGGACUACCAGAAGAUGAGGGACAUGGGUGAGAUGGUGACGCAGGGCCAGACGGACGCGCAGUACAUGUUCCUGCGACAGCGGCUGCAGGCGCUGGACACCGGCUGGAACGAGCUGCACAAGAUGUGGGAGAACCGGCAGAACCUGCUGUCCCAGUCUCACGCUUACCAGCUGUUCCUCCGGGACACCAAGCAGGCCGAGGCCUUCCUCAACAACCAGGAGUACGUCCUGGCUCAUACAGAGAUGCCCACCACCCUGGAGGGCGCCGAGGCUGCUAUCAAGAAGCAGGAGGACUUCAUGACCACCAUGGACGCCAACGAGGAGAAGAUCGGCGCCGUGGUCGACACCGGCCGCCGCCUGGUCGCUGACGACAACAUCAACGCCGAGCGCAUCCAGGAGAAGGUGGACUCCAUCGACCAGAGACACAAGAAGAACCGAGCGGCUGCCAGCGACCUGCUGACGAGGCUGAAGGACAACAGAGACCUGCAGAAGUUCCUGCAGGACUGCCAGGAGCUGUCCCUGUGGAUCAACGAGAAGAUGCUGACGGCUCAGGACAUGUCGUACGACGAGGCCAGGAACCUCCACAGCAAGUGGCUGAAGCACCAGGCCUUCAUGGCUGAACUGCAGUCCAACAAGGAGUGGCUGGACAAGAUCAACAAGGACGGGCAGACGCUGAUGGCAGAGAAACCAGACACGGAGGCCAUGGUGAAGGAGAAGCUGGCGUCCCUGCAGACGAUGUGGGACGAGCUGGAGUCGACCACGCAGACCAAAGCCAAGUGUCUGUUCGACGCCAACAAGGCCGAGCUGUUCACGCAGAGCUGCGCCGACCUCGACAAGUGGCUGGGCGGGCUGGAGGCGCAGCUGCAGUCGGACGACUACGGCAAAGACCUCACCUCGGUCAACAUCCUGCUCAAGAAGCAGCAGAUCCUGGAGAGCCAGGUGGAUGUACGUCAGAAGGAGGUGGAGGAGCUGCAGAAACAGUCACAGGCCCUCAGCCAGGAAGGGAAAGGCUCCGAGGAGGUGGAUGGACAGAGAGUCACCGUGGAGAGGAAGUUCCAGACGCUCCAGGAACCACUGAAGAAGAGGAGAGACCACCUCAUGGCCUCCCGGGAGAUCCACCAGUUCAACCGAGACGUGGAGGACGAGAUCCUGUGGGUGGAGGAGAGGAUGCCUCUGGCCACUUCAACCGACCAUGGACACAACCUGCAGACGGUCCAGCUCCUGAUCAAGAAGAACCAGACCUUGCAGAAGGAGAUCCAGGGCCACCAGCCUCGCUAUGACGACAUCUUCGAGCGCAGCCAACACGUCCUGCGCGAGGACAGCCCGACGACCGAGCUGAUCCGCCAGCGGCUCGCCGACCUGCAGUCGCUGUGGGAGCAAAUCAAGAAGGAGACGGAGAAGCGCCACACCCGCCUCAGCGAGGCCCACGAGGCGCAGCAGUACUACUUUGACGCCGCCGAGGCCGAGGCCUGGAUGAGCGAGCAGGAGCUGUACAUGAUGUCAGAGGAGAAGGCCAAGGACGAGCAGAGUUCGGUGGCCAUGCUGAAGAAGCAUCAGAUCCUGGAGCAGGCGGUGGAGGACUACGCCGACACCGUCCACCAGCUGUCCAGCACCAGCCGGGGCCUGGUGGCUGCCGGGCACCCCGACAGCGAGCGCAUCGGCAUGCGUCAGUCUCAGGUGGACAAGCUGUACGCCGGCCUGAAGGAUCUGUCCGAGGAGCGCCGCGGGAAGCUGGACGAGCGUUUCCGCCUCUUCCAGCUCAACCGGGAGGUGGACGACCUCGAGCAGUGGAUCGCCGAGAGGGAGGUGGUGGCCGGAUCGCACGAGCUGGGACAGGACUACGAGCACGUCACCAUGCUGCAGGAGCGUUUCAGAGAAUUCGCCCGUGACACGGGCAACAUCGGCCAGGAGCGCGUGGAUGGCGUCAACAAGCUGGCGGACGAGCUGAUCAACACCGGCCACGGCGACGCCGCCACCAUCGCGGAGUGGAAGGACGGCCUGAACGAGGCCUGGGCCGACCUGCUGGAGCUCAUCGACACACGGACGCAGAUCCUCGCCGCCUCCUACGAGCUCCACAAAUUCUACCACGACGCCAAGGAGAUCCUCAACCGCAUCCUGGACAAACACAAGAAGCUGCCGGAGGAGCUGGGCCGAGACCAGAACACGGUGGAGACCCUGCAGAGGAUGCACACCACCUUCGAACACGACAUUCAGGCGCUGGGAACGCAGGUGCGGCAGCUUCAGGAGGACGCCGUUCGCCUGCAGUCGGCGUACGCCGGAGACAAAGCCGACGACAUCCAGAAGCGAGAAGGAGAGGUGCUGGAGGCCUGGAAGAACCUGCUGGAGGCGGCGGAGGGCAGGCGGGCGAAGCUGGUCGACACCGGAGACAAGUUCCGCUUCUUCAGCAUGGUGCGCGACCUGAUGCUGUGGAUGGAAGACGUCAUCCGCCUCAUCGAGGCUCAGGAGAAGCCCAGGGACGUGUCGUCCGUGGAGCUGCUGAUGAACAACCACCAGGGCAUCAAGGCGGAGAUCGACGCCCGCAACGACAGCUUCACCGCCUGCAUCGAGCUGGGCAAAGCCCUGCUGGCCAGGAAGCACUACGCUUCAGAGGAGAUUAAAGAAAAGUUGCUUCAGUUGACGGACAAGAGGAAAGACAUGAUUGACAAGUGGGAGGACAGAUGGGAGUGGCUUAGACUGGUGCUGGAGGUGCACCAGUUCUCGCGGGACGCAGGUGUGGCCGAGGCGUGGCUGCUGGGACAGGAGCCCUACCUGUCCAGCAGGGAGAUGGGGCAGAGCGUGGACGAGGUGGAGAAACUCAUCAAACGCCACGAGGCCUUCGAGAAGUCGGCCGCCACCUGGGAGGAACGCUUCGCUGCGCUGGAGAGGCUGACCACGAUGGAGUUACUGGAAGUGAGAAGAAGGCAAGAGGAAGAAGAGAAGAAGAGACAACCGCCCGCUGAGGCCCAGCCCGCCGACGCUGCAGCUCAAAGGGCGGGCGAGCCGGCGUCUCAGAACGGGCUGCCGUCUGACCAGGAGUCUCCCAGGCUCGACACUCCUGUCAUCCUCUCCCCUCAGUUCCUUAUGUUCCUGCUGGUUUAUGUCAUCAUUUAUAAACUCACCCUGUGGAAUAUGAAUGACUGAGGAUACAAACAGAAAGACACUCAGAAUUAGCCUUAAAGCCACAAACUGCCACUUAAAGCAUUUGUUCCAUUUUCAUAGAAGAGAUUUUUUUCUCAAACAAAACCAAAGACAACUUAAAUCAGUUUAUCAAUCAUUAAAACUGAGGCUGAUUUAUCCUGAUGUUAAGAAGAAGCACGUCUUACUGUUCUUGUCUUACAAUAAAACCUUUAAGUUUAGUUUGAUCGAUAACACUUUCAAUUCAGUUCAGUUUUAUUUGUACAGCACCAAAUCAGAACAGUCGCAUCAAACCCAGAGAAAAACAAUCACAUGACCCGCUAUGAGCGAGCACUCUGGUGACAGCGGGGAGGACAAACCCCCUUUGAACAGGAAGAAACCUUUACGUUGUCAGUCUGUACUUCACGCUCGAUUCCAAACAGAUGAAAUGAAAUAUGUAACAAAUACCUUAAAUAACUUAAUAAAAAUAGACAGUUUGAAAAGAUAUCUUGAUAAAGCAAAAAAGUCUUGAAUUAAAAGUAUAAUAAAAAUAUUAAUGAUGUAAAUUUAUAACAAAGUAACUACAGUAAUACAGGUUGUAGCCAGUAUGAGGUGCCUUCAGCCUGUUGUUGCGAUUUGCUCACUAAAUAUAGUAAAUCAUGACUCAUGUUAGUUUUUGUUUGUAAGAACACGUGACGUUAUAUUUAAAGUCUAUCAUUGAUGCCAAAGUUUUAAAAAAUCCAAAAACAAAGAAGUGCACCUACCGCUCCACCUGUGCCUACGUCCACAGACCAUUCAUAAAACACGUGUCCAUCCUUUUCAUGUAACUCUGUUAAACACUCUAUUAUCUCUUUAAUAUUGUACUUAUAAAACCAUUAAAAGCAUAUUUGUGCAUUAAUGUAAGUUACACCGAAUUAAAGAGCUGAUCUAUCAGCUGACAAAGUGGAAACUAAAGGGAAAGAUGAUAGUAACACAUGUAUAACUGCACUGUUUAACAGUGAACUCCAUCAGUGGACACCAGAGGCAGCCCCGGACUUACAUUUUCACCUCCAGCUUUCCUUCAUGUUGUACUUACAGCCUUUACGACUCAUUUGUCAGAAACCCAUUCCUCAUAAGGGACGUUAAUACUGUGACAUACACCCAGUGGCCACUUUAAUAGGAACACUCGUCCAAUGCCAUCGGACUUUUUGAACUUGCCUUAAAAUCAAUCUUGUGUUCCCGCUGAGGUCAUAGUUGGCGUUGUGUAGCCGCUCCGCUGUAUUCGGCCCCUGAGUGUACGUCCACUGCUGCUCGCUACAUGCACUCAUUGCACCUACAAUCCAUGUUAAAAUCAUUCCUCAUGUAAAACUGAUUCGCCACACGUCUCACCGUGUGAGUUUCUCCUCAUUGUAUUUAUUGCUGUUGUAUCACUGAGACGCUGUUUCCUGUCUUGUUUUCAUUGUUUACUGUUGUCGUUUCCUUUUUUCUGUUCACGGUUUGUUUUUGCAUGUAGAUGCAGUUCGUUCAGUCAUUCCCCGACUAACACACAUUCCCCAAUAAACCCGUCAGAACCAACCA